AUGGAGGUGCUUGACACUGCAGAGCGUGUCAAGAUCCACAGACUCCCUCAAUCCAAGUACAUUGACGCCGUCCGGUGGAUCCCGCCGCUCUCUGCAUUCGACCGUUUCGUAGUCGCGGCCGUUUUCGACUCCGAUUCUGAUGCCCCAGCCGUUGAAAUUCACGCCCUAGACGGGUCCAAUCCACCAACUCUGACCCUCCAGUCCUCAUGGCCUUCACCCUCUAGAAUCUCCUGCCUUAGAGUGUCAAAAACCCUCCACAAAUCCCUCAUCGCCGCUUCGACCUACGCCGGAUCGCUGCACGUCCUGUUCGCUGACCCGGUCGAUGCGUCGGUCCAAUCGGAGGUCAGGGUGCCGCAGAAUACACUGCAUGUUGGACCUAUUUCUUGCAUCGAUGUGCAGGAAAGUGGGUCGGAAUGCGUUACCGUGGGGGAGGACGGGAGAGUGAAUUUGGUAAAUGUUGGAAAUUCGAGGCUGAGUCACCGUCGAGUUUUUGAUGGUAACGGGUUGGUUUCUUUCACAGCGGCGAGGUGGGCUUCGCCGACGGAAUUCGCAACGGGUGGAUUGGGGUUUGGUCUUCAGUGGUGGGAUCAGCGGAAACCCGGAGGACCAGCUUCUCAGUUCAAGGGUAACUGUGUAUCCUUUCUAGCAGUUUUGUCAUUUUGGCUUACUGGAGAUUUCCUAUAUAUUGUUCUUGGUUUGUUUAGUUGCCACCCCAGGUUCAGGGAUCCACUCCUGGGAUUGUUCACUCCAUCGAUAUUCAUCCAUCAAGGAAGCACACUUGUCUUCUCUUCUGGUACAGUGUUUGCAUGGGAUCUCCGGUGGCAACAGCAGCCAAUAAGUCUCUCUGGGAUUGCAACUGGUGAUAUGGUAGCUCAGUCAGCUGCUGAAAGUGAAGUAUGGGAAGUCCAGUAUGACAGUUAUGUGCAUUCCCUAAGCAUUGGUAAUAUCUCUUCUUCACGGGUAUUACCUGCUAUGAUCUGCUCAGAAGAUGGUAUACUUGCUGUUGUUGAACAAGGCCAGGAGCCUAUUGAGCUAUUGGCAGAACCCUGUGCUAUAAACAGCUUUGACAUCGACCGACAGAAUCCCAUGGAUGUGAUAUGUAGUUUAGAGUGGGAAGCUAUAGCCAUUCUGUCAAGGCCAUAA